AUUGCUGUAGCUAUAGCGAGUAAGAGGCACAGCGAAAGAAAUGCGCCCACCCACUGUUGCAAGGACAAUUACAGCGGCAGGGGUCACGGCAAUUCUUAGGCCAAGACUGUUCGCAGGCUCUGUUGGUAUCAGGACUGCCUUGAACAGAGGUGGUCAAAUCAGACAGUUUUCCUUUCCGUCGGCCACCUUGCUUGCUGCCACACGCCCAUCAAUAUCGAUAUUCGAAUCAUCCCAAGCACACUCGCGGCGCACGUUUUUUUCAAGCCCGUCGCCGCCUCCUCGGCCGUCAUCGUCAUCGAGCAAUGAAUUCGUGCCGGACGAACCGGUUCCUGCAAACGAGCCAGUGUACGAUUUUGUGCCGGAACCAGCAUACGAUUUGGCUGCGCAGGGUGCAGCGUCAUCGACAGCUCCCGUUGAUGCGCUGAACACGCUCUCAUCGACGGUUCUUGAUGCGACUUCGAACACAGUUGCAGCUGCAACCGCGGCGGCCCAGCCUUCGCUGCAAUCGCUAGGUCUUGCGCAGACCUGGGUCUGGCCCUCAGAUAUUUGCCAACACUUGCUUGAUAUUGUGCACAGCCAGGUCGGUCUGCCAUGGUGGGGGACGAUCAUUUUGACGACUGUUACUGCGCGCCUACUGUUGUUUCCGAUUUACAUGAAAUCCUCGGACAUGACUGCACGCGUCCAGCAGAUCCAGCCUGAGAUUCAGGAGCUGUCGCAUGAAUUUGCCAACGGUGACAAGUCGGUCGAGGAGUUUGUCGCUGGCCGCAAAGCGAUCAUGGAGAAGCACGGUAUCAGACAGCGAUGGGUGCUCGCGCCGCUAUUCGUCAAUCUUAUAUUUGGAUUUGGUAUGCUUCUUGGUAUCGAAUAUAUGGCAGUCAAGGGCGCUCCAGGGUUCGCGACUGAGGGAACCGCGUGGUUUCCAGACUUGAGUGCUAGAGAUCCAUAUCUGGGACUGCACUUUAUCACCGCGACGCUUUUGACGGCGGCUUUUAAGUUUGGAGGUGAAGUUGGCAUCAACACGAUGGGUCCGAAAUUCAUGCGAAUAAUGCUAGUGCUGCCCUUCGCGUCUAUUCUGUUUACGAUGGGGCUUCCGUCAGCCGUGAUGCUCUAUUUCAGUGCAUCGAGUGUCUGUAGUAUCGGACAGACAUACUUGCUGCGCAGCGCAUGGUUCCGAACGUGGGCGCGCAUGGCGCCGAUGGUCAAGCCGGCAGCUCCGUCUGCUGCUAGUCAGCAGGCACAGCUUGACCUGCAGAAGCAAUUCAAUAUGAUGCUUGAGGCGGCGAAGAAAGCUGCGAAUCAGAAGGGGCCGAAGCCUCCUCUUGAAUGAGUGAUAUGUAAACAAGCCUUGUACAUAAUUUAUGAUUCAAACAAAAGAGUGGUGUUGACGAUUGGUACCGGGCUACGGGGUCAAAUAGAGAAAGCCUACCAAUAAGUAGGGCAGCAGGAGAUGGAUCAAGAAAAGUAAACAAAAACAAGGUACACGGUAACUCUAAUGGAGUAAGAAGAAAUAAAAAUUAUCGUAGCGGGGAACCGGGGAAAAAUGGAAGCGAUAAAAAAGCCGAAGAGAGGUCCACUA